GACCGGGACGGAGGAGAGAGGAGGUGAAUCACCAUGACGACAGAGCCCGCUGUGCAGCAAGAGGCAAGCCAAGGCCGGCCCACAGAGGCGGAGUCUUUUCCUGAGGCUGCCGACCACUCCACACCCAAACAGAGUGUGGAGGACGGCCAAUCCCAGAGCCAAGCUCAAAGCUCAUUGGCUGAGGACACUGCCAGUCAUCUCUCAUCUACCAGUAGAAUUACUCGGUCUCCAGCGAGGAACCCUCUGAGCUUUAGGACCAUGCAGUGUAAAGUCACCCUGCUGGACGGCUCGCUCUACACAUGCACUAUGGAGAAGCGGGCUAAAAGUCUGGUCUUGUUUGAGAAGGUGUGUGAACACGUCAACCUGUUGGAGAGAGACUACUUUGGCUUGACCUUCAGAGAUGCAGACAACCAGAAGAAUUGGUUGGACCCGUCCAAGGAGAUGAAGAAGCAAGUCAGAGGAGUUCCGUGGAAUUUCUCCUUCAACGUUAAGUUUUAUCCUCCAGACCCCACUCAGCUGUCUGAGGACAUCACCAGAUAUUACUUGUGUCUCCAGCUUCGUGAUGACGUGGUCUCUGGCAGACUUCCUUGUUCCUUUGCUACUCAUACUGUGUUGGGUUCCUACACCAUCCAAUCAGAGCUGGGAGAUUACGACCCCGAUGAGUCGGGCUCAGACUAUGUCAGGGAGCUCCACUUCGCUCCAAAUCAAACCAAAGAAAUGGAAGAGAAGAUUAUGGAGCUACAUAAAAACUACAAGGGAAUGACUCCAGCUGAAGCAGAGCUGCAUUUCUUGGAAAAUGUGAAAAAACUCUCAAUGUAUGGAGUGGACCUCCAUCAUGCCAAGCUGGAAGGAGGCCUUUUUGAUUGUUUGUCUUCAGCAAAAGCAGAGGACUCAGAAGGUGUAGCCAUCAUGCUAGGUGUAUGUAGCAGUGGACUGCUGGUCUACAGAGACAGAUUGAGGAUCAAUCGCUUUGCUUGGCCAAAGAUCCUCAAAAUCUCCUACAAGAGAAACAACUUCUACAUCAAGAUCAGACCAGGAGAGUUUGAACAGUUUGAGUCGACCAUCGGGUUUAAGCUCCAUAACCACCGAGCUGCUAAGAGACUCUGGAAGGUCUGUGUGGAGCAUCACACUUUCUUCAGGCUGGUGUCCCCUGAGGAGCCUCCAAAGAAGUUUUUGAGUCUGGGGUCUAAGUUCAGAUACAGUGGUAGAACUCAGAUCCAGACCCGCCGGGCCAGUUCCCAGAUUGCCCGACCGGCACCGUACUUCAGCCGCUCCACCAGCAAGAGGUACACCAUGAGCCGCAGUCUGGAUGGAGAAAUGGGUACUGGGCUGUAUGGCGCAUCCAGAGCCAUCGCUGUCAGUGACCUGAUCACCACGGUAACGCCUGAGAAGAGAGCGGAGGAGAAGAAGGCUGAGCAAGUGCUGCUGGUGGCGAGGCAAGUGGAGCAUUCUCCCAUGCAGAUCUCUCUCAAAAAUGUUCAGUUUGAGGCGGAAAGCUUCAACGGCCUCGUACAGGUCAGCAACAGUGUGAUUCCUGCCUUGCAUUUGCAAAUUGAGCUGGUUGAGGUGGGAUGUGAGGAGGAGGUCAUGGUGGCAGAGGAGGAGGUUAAACAGGAGCACGAAGAGGAUGAGAACGUCCAAGCCACAGAGACCUCCCAACCCAGCCCCCCCACCCCACAAAGACAGGACACCAAGACUGAGCUGACAGACACGGCUGUGGAUGGUGACUUAACCGCAACUGAGUCUGAUCAGGAUGAUGAGUCUGAAUUAAAAGCACAGGAGGUGUUGGAUGUCUCAGAGGAGGUGCUGAAGCAUCAGUCAUCUAUCAGCGCUCUGAGACGCUCCUUCCUGGAGGGAGGAGGAGAAGGAGGAAUGACAGAAUGGGAGAAACGUCUCUCCUCCUCCCCACUUCACAGAGUAGACGACUCCCCCAUGAUAGAGCCGCUGGAGCCUGAGGAGCCCAAGCCCAGGUUUGAUGACAUGUCUCCAGAACUGACAGCUCUGUUGAAGUCGGCCCGGGAGCAGGUCACCUCCAGAAGCUGGACCAGCUCUCCAGAAGCCAGCCAUGGUCUGAUCAAGACUUCAGAGAAGAUGGAGACAGUCUUCCUGACAGCAGAAUCAUGUGACCAGGGCCCAUCAGUGGCAGACCAGCCUCAGGUAGUGGCAAGAAAUCUGGGCCCACCCCCAAGUAAACCCCCUCCCCCUCCACCAGGGACCCACAUGGCACACACUGAUGACAUCACAGAGGAGUGGGGCAGUGAUUACAGUGAGGUUGAUGCUAACCAUGCUAGAGAGGUAGCAAACGGUGCAGCUCGUGAUGAUGGUGUUUGUGAAGAAAGUAGUAGCCAGUCUAAUGAUGAAGACUCGAUCAGUCAGGCCAGCCAGGUUAGCGAGGAUGCUAUCAGUGUGUUAGCACACACUACUGUGGAGGAGGCAGUGGAGGCUGCAGUCAGACAGGCUCAGAACCUGGAAACUAAUGAUGCUAACCAGGCUAACGAGAAGGUCAUAAGCUUGGAGGAUGACCGUGGUGGGCAGAGCUUAUGCUUUGAAGCUACCCAUUCCAAUGAGGAACUCAUUAGCACGGAAGCUAAUAACACGACAAGCCAGGCUAACCAGCCUGAGGAGAUGCUAGCAGGGCUUGAUGCUAGCAGCAGACCCAGUUCAGUUCUUGGAUCUGGCCCUACAGUGACCUCUAGACAAGUUUACCACAGCGAUGAGGACUCAGAGGACUGGCUCCCACCUCCGUCCUCCCUUCUUGCUGCCCGAUCCAACCCAACCACAAACACAGCAGACAGGAUGCAGACAAGCACCUGUGAAGACCUUGAGUGUGAUGAUACCAAACCUCCUGAGGAGUGUCGGCAGAUCCCAGUUUUGAUGAAGACUCUGACAUAUGAAGUUCCUGGGAGCUGUCCUGACACUGAAUCACCAGUAGGGGCAGUAGUGAUGAGCUCUCAGACCAUCACCGCUGAAACCUCCAACACUACAACUACAACACACAUCACUAAGACAGUAAAAGGAGGUAUUUCAGAGACUAGGAUUGAGAAGAGAAUAGUAAUCUCUGGAGACACAGAAAUAGAUCAUGACCAGGUAUCGUCCAAACCAUCUCAAUCUUGUCUCUCUUGCUUUGUCUCCAAACCGUCCAAC